AUGAAGAUCGACAUGUUUGAGCGCUUGCCCACGCCCUUCGGCCUGGUGCGCUUUGGGGUGGCUCCGGACCAUCCGGAGGUGAAAAAUGUGAUCAACGACUUCACGGCCGUGGCCGCGGCCCCGAACUUCCGCUUCUUUGGCAACACGGAGAUUGGCCCAGAGGUCCCACUGGAGCGACUGCGCCCCGGCGAAGCCACGCGGGCUAGAUCAGGAGUUGCCAUCUCGGCCAAUUGGACGCAUCACACCAACCAACUGGCCUCAUUGGAGAGGCGUGGGUCUGUUGGGGUGACUCUGGCCGUAGGCCUGGUACUCUUUGCCGCGAGCUGCGUGUGGAAGCACGCGGAGGUGGACUUCGUCAGUGCUGUGCAAUCCAAGUCCCGGUCGGUGAAGGUGGCCAGAUGUGCUGGGGACAAGGCGCUGAAGGACCGUGUGACUUCCAUCGGCAAGACCAGCAAGCUCACAGAUGCCAUGCGCCUGGUGGCAGCCGCCAAGGUCCGGGCUGCCCAGAACGGCGUGGCCAAGAGUCGGCCCUUCAGCGAUGAGCUGCUGGGCAUGAUCAAGGGCCUGGUGAAGCGAUUGAAGGGCACUGGCCUGGAGGCUGACCUGCCAAUGCUCCGCGUUCCGGAGAAGGUCAAGGAGGUUGGCAUCCUCAUGAUGACCGCCAACCGAGGCCUUUGCGGUGCAUACAACACCUUCGUGAUCAAAAAGACCGGGGCCCGAAUCGAAGAUCUCAACAAGCAGGGCAUCACCCCAAAGCUUCUGAUUGUUGGAAAGAAGGGCCUCGCCGGCAUGAAGACUCGUUUCCCCAAGGACAUCAAGUACAACUACACCGAGGAGUGGUUCGCAAUGCCGGACACCAUCAAAGCCAAGGACUCAGCAGAGAUUGCAGAGACGCUUGAGAAUUACUUUCUCUCUGGCGAGGUGGACAAGAUUGAGAUCGCCUACGGCAAGUUUAUCAACCUCAUCAGCAACGAGCCCACCAUCCGCACCCUGCUGCCCCUCUCACCAACUGGCAUUGAAGAUCCGGAAGAUGAGACAUUCAGGCUGACCACAGAGUCUGGCAAGCUCAAGGUGGAGAGGGAGAAGCAGAAGUCCCCCAAGGCGAAGGAAAUUGAGGCAGAUGUGAUCUUCGACCAGCCCCCUGGGGUCAUUUUGAACUCCAUGCUGCCGCUCUACUUGAACUCCCAGAUCUUGUCCCUGAUGUUCGAUGCUCAGGCCUCGGAGCUCUCAUCUCGAAUGUCUGCCAUGAAGGCGGCCACAGACAACGCCAAGGAGCUCCAGAAGAAGCUGCUGGUCCUCUACAACAAGAAGCGCCAGGCGGCCAUCACUGCGGAGAUUUGCGAGCAGUCCGCAGCUGCCACAGCCCUGGAAUCUGCCGAUGUCAAGGGCAAGGCUGGCCCUGCCUUGGGGGUCGUGGACAACGAGAAGUCGGUGGCAGAGGACUUCAUGAAGGAGUUGGACUCCGGAGAUAUUCCGGACGCGCCAGUCUCUGUGGACACCUUCGGCCCACUCACCCGCGCCGAGCUCAAGGUCACCGCAGACGCCGGCUUCACGGCGUUUUGUCAUAGCAACGCUGAAGAGCCGCGGCAGAUCUACGACGCCGUGAUCCUUUGCAGCGGCGCCAGCGGUGAGCGCCGCUUGGGCAUCCCGGGGGAGGACGCCUUCGGCGUGGUGGGCGCGCCAGCCUUCGUGAAAUGGUACAACAGCCAUCCAGAUUACCAGGACGAGCUCCAGUUCAACCCCCCGGGUGAGGCCGCAGUGGUGGUGGGCCAAGGCAACGUCGCCUUGGACGUGGCGCGCUUGCUGCUGCGCUCCCCUCCGGACCUGCAUGCCACCGACAUGGACUCCAAAGCCGUGGAGGCGAUCACUGGCUGGCAAAAGGCGGGCUUGCGCACCGUGCACAUUGUCGGCCGCCGCGGCUUUAUUCAGGCGGCAUUUACCAAUGCGGAGCUGCGAGAGCUCUUGACUACGGAUGGGCUGCUGCCUGUGGUGGACCCAGAGGAGUUGGCGCUCUGCCGCAACGAAGCCUCGGAAGCCGAGCUGAAGAAGAGCCGCAUGAAGCAGCGGUCCCUGGACAUUUUGCAGAAGAUGGUGGCCAACUUCUCGGAGCUGGAAAGCACCAGCAAGCGGAUCCUCCGCUUCCACUUCCUGAGGUCGCCCUUGGAGGUGCUGUCAACGCAGGGCGCCCUAACGGGGAUUCGAAUGAGUCGGAACCAGCUCUCAGGGGAGCCGGGCAAGCAGCAAGCAACGCCUGCGGAUGCCUCGCAGAACCUGGAAGUCUCCUGCGGCCUAUUGGUGCGCAGCGUAGGCUUCGACAUUCUGCCAAUGGCGGGCCUGCCUCUAUCUUCGAACCGAGUGCCCCACAGAAACGGCUGCGUGGAGUCGGCGGGCCCGGGAAGCGCUGGAUUAUAUGUCUCCGGGUGGUUAAAGCGUGGCCCCACGGGCAUCAUCGGGUCGAACAUCGGGGAUGCUAAAGAAACGGCGGAGAAGGUGUGGAAGGACCUGUCGGAGCAGACAACCAAAGAGUGGUCUGAAGAGCCCCUACAGGCGAUGCUCUCGAGCAAGGGCUCCCCAGUGGUGCUCUUUGAGGAGCCUUGGACAAGUUGCAGGCCCAGGCCUGCCGAAGCACACGGGCAACCCUUGAAUUUGCGCAUUGGAUUGGCAUCAUGGUGA